ACAUACAAUCUUUAAAGAAAAAAGAAUAGUCAAGAGAACAAAAUAUGAAGGUUGUGGCAAUCUUUUUGGCUUCUUGUGUCCUUUUCUCUCUUAUCCCCACCCACUUAUCACAUGAAGAACCAAAGGUUGCACCAACAGAAGAACUAAUGUUUGCACCAAGCAAUCAACCAAGGUACUGUCGUUCGAGACAAGUGUUUGAUGGAUCAUGCACAGACAGAGGCACUCCACGCACGACUUGUUUCCUUGACUUCUUAGGUGCGCGAAGUGCAAGUGAGAUGCCUAAGAACUGCGAUUGUACCCCUCAGCCCAAUAACAAGCGUCUUUGUGAAUGUUCAGUUAUUUGCACCGAUUGUUGUGUAAAAAAUUAACACCUACUAAUAUGUUGUUAUCUACUUAAUUUUCAGCACAAUUAUAAUAAAAAUUUUGUCCCCAAUAA